AAAUUAUAUGAAUUAUUUACAGAUGGCUUUCAACAAUAUCUUACAGACGUUUUGUGAAUAUUUUACAAUGAUUCGAAAAUUACAAGAUUUUGGAAAUUAUUUGAAACCAAACUAUGUACUGCAAAAUGUGUACAGGCAACCACCUUUGACAUACGAGAGUUACUAUGCAGUAUUAACAUGGCAUUUAACCCGCGUCAAAAGGCGAAUUAUUAAAAUAGAAACAAAUUUUAUGAAACAAGAUACUUGCAAUAGUUUCUUGACAUUAUUGAAGGAUAUAAAGAAACACCUGGAGACUAUAAAAAUACUUUACGAAAUACACCAGGCUGUUACAAGUGAUUGGAAAGUAUAUCCAAAUUACAAAUGCGCAUCCAGACUAUUGUCUUGUUUGUAUUUUGAAAUGGAAAAUUCGAAUAAUAAAGAGAAAGCGAACAUCAGCACUAGUUUAUAUUUGUCUAGCUUACGAGUAUAUUUGAAUAUAACUGAUACUUGGCUAAAUGAAGGACGUCUCGAGGAUUGGAGGGAUGAAUUUAUUAUUUCUAGGUUCUCUCGCCGACGGAUUACUCGCUGGCUCGACGAUGAAUUCCUGGAUGAUUUGAACAAUUGGAAGGUGGAACACACUACUACAACGCGUAGCCCGGACCUCCAGUGUUUCAAGUGAACUCUCGAGUCAUCAGCGCUCCCGCUUUUAUAGGAGACCGGCUACCCCUCAAGCGCCCCCACCAUCAACAUUACAAAAAACCAUAUUUUUACUUAACCAUUAACAUUACAUUAAUUAUUUCUUAAAAUUUAACUGUACGGGGUAUCUUUUUGUCGUACUGUGCUUAUGACUAUUACAAUUAUUCUUAUAAUUAAGAAAAUAGCUAUACAUUUUUUAAUAUAGCGAACUUAUCAAUAUAUCACAACAAUUUUCUUAUAAGAUAGUUAUUAACUAAGACAUGGUGCUAUUUAUUUACUCCCUAGGCUUAACCAUCUUCGGGUAGCGAACUUAUUUACCAUACAUCUCUUUAACAAAACAAAGUUCCUACUUUGUCUUAUAACUAUCAUAUUUGUAUUGUAAAAAUAGUCAGAAAGUGCUUAUUGCCAUCCCUCCAUACUAUUUCCUUCUCUCAUUGUGAUAUUAAUGACGUCACUGUUCCUUUGUCUCUCAAAAGCCAUACUUUUCGGUGCUUAUUGGUCUAAGAUCCAAAUAACCCACGAAAUUGUAACAUUUGGGACCUGACUAGCGUGUCUUGCCCCCUUACAUCAAAAUCCCAUAAAUUUACGGAUAUGACGCAAUAAUGAGUCAUCUGACGUAAGUGAUUACAUAAUGACCAUACUAUUUGUUAAUUAUUAAUAAUAUUACAAAAGUAUGAAAAAGACUAUGUCUAAAAUUUGAUUUUAGCGAGCAUCAGCUAAAGCAUUACAUCAUUACGACUUUGUACUACAUUCCGCCUUUGAUCUUUUUACCUGCUACCAUAUAAGUGCUAAGGUAAAGUAUUUAUUGUUAAUAUUAAUUAAGAAUCAGUGCUUCGACCUAUGACUUGAGUGUCUAGAGCCUAAUAAAAAUGUUUUAUCACAAAUAGGAAUCACGGUUUCUUUGUUCUUCUUUCUUAUGAAAUCUAUUUUUAGAACUAACCAUGUAUAUCCUCAAUCCUUAUGUUUAUGUUCUUACAAUGAAUGAACAUAACAUUAUUUAAGUAAUUCAGGCCGAUAGUGCCCUAUGCGAACUUAAUUAUGAUAAUAAGAAAAGUACCGCCUUUGAUCUUUUGUAUUUAUUCCAUAAAUACCAUGAAUCUCCUCAUUUGUACUCGAUCGCGGUAUGGCUUAUAGCACAUAUACCUAUAAAUACUAAAUUUUGAUGUCCCCGGUAGUACAAAUCCUUAUCGGGUUAUCACAUCUCCUAGUAGCAUGGUCACCUUUUUGUUUCUCAUACUACUUCCUAUCCUUCUACUCUCCUGUUAUCCAAUUACGCACAAGCGACUCAAUUGGACUUGCUAUACAUCAUAUGAUUCGAGAAUCUGAUUUUGCAUCAUAAUUCUACACGUAAGUAUUGUUCCUAUUGGUAACUAUACUUCUUAGGCUCAUUGCAACUUGCACCGAUCAAAUUAGACUUAAGCCCUCAUGGCGGGUCUCUAUGUUAUCCUGUGCUAUCUUAAUGCCAACCUCCUCUCAUCUUUGAUAAGUCUAUGGUUCCGUGCGGCAACCAUACCUUUUCUGAACAAACUCAUUUUGUACUUCCCUUUUGAGCGCUAUCUAACUAGUUUUUUAGCUUAACGUUUUAGCGCUAUGACAUAUCAUGACCAUAGGCUAUUACAUAUUUGAUUAUGGCUCUAUCGGUCCUUUUUUAAAAUUACAUAAUAUCUUAACCCAGGUGAGCAUCUAAGGGUAAAAUACAAGGAUCGGUUGCAUAGUCACAAUUUCUAGCUAUUUUUUCCUUAUACGUUCCACCUUUAUUUAAAUACUACAGUCAAAAGAUGCGAAAAUCGACUAGAUAUUUACUGCAUGCGAUGAGUUCACUGAUAGCAACAGCUUACAGUACAAAUUGAAAACAGCAGCUCUUAUUUAUUUUUGGCAUAUGUUGGACAAGCAUAUGGACUCAUUCCAGCAGCAAACAAAAUGAAAACUGGCAAAGUCAAAUAUUUACGUUUUGCUUGUUUCUACGUCUCGAAAAAUAUUUUAUUUUUGAAAUGUUAUUCUCUAUCAAUUUUAGCCACCUAUCAUUCCAAUCUUCCACAAUAUUCUCAAGAAAAUAAUAAGUGCAAAACUGCGCUUUUACAGUAUCUGCCGUUCUGAAUUAAAAUAUUUAAAGUUGAAAAUCGAUUCAAGCAUCCUCCAAAACCCUUAGAAUAUAUAACGCAAAAAUCCCUGAGUGUACGACGAAUCCCGUACAGAGGGAGAGUCAGAAUAGGUAGGGGUGGUUUUUGUAAGAAAUGCAGCCAAAUGUUAUUCAAAGGACUAAGCUCCUCAAUUAACA